AUGCGCGUAGUCGCACUUGUAUCCGGUGGCAAGGACUCAUGCUACUCUAUGCAAUUAUGUAAACAGCAUGGCCAUGACGUCGUUGCUCUUGCCAACCUGCUGCCGGAGGAAUCGGCUCCUGACGAGCUGGACUCGUUCUGCUUCCAAACGGUUGGGCAUCAGCUCAUCGGAGCAUAUGCGGCAUGUAUGGGAAUACCGCUUUUCCGAAAGCGCAUCUCUGGUACCAGCAGUGUACAAGACCUUGGCUACACGCCGACCGAAGGCGACGAGGUAGAAGACCUUUACCAAUUGCUUGCAUAUGUCAAAGAAAAUGUUCCUGGAAUUCAAGCUGUGGCGUCUGGCGCAAUCGCUUCCGACUAUCAACGCCUGCGGGUAGAAAACGUCUGCAGCCGUCUCAACCUGGUGUCUCUGGCGUACCUAUGGCACCAGCCUCAGCGUCUGUUACUCAGGGGCAUGGUGGAAAGCGGCGUCGAGGCCAUCUUGGUCAAGGUGGCCUGUCUGGGGCUGCACCCCCGGAAGCAUCUGGGCCGCACCAUCGCCGCAAUGGAGCCCGCACUGCUGUCGCUGGCAGAUGCGUAUGGCUGCAACGUCUGUGGCGAGGGCGGCGAGUACGAGACCCUAACCCUGGAUUGCCCCGUAUUUACUCGGGGGAGUAUUGUGCUGGAUGAGUUUGAG